UGUUUGGAGUUUGCGUUGAAACAAGAACGCGGAGGGCCAAAGAAACUGUGACCACCUCGAAACCUUGUAGGCCACCAAAACACGCUCCAGCCCGAAGAAGUACAAUGAAAUAUACUUCAAGGUUUGCUCAGAAGACGUAGGAGUUGACGUUAAAGUGACUUUUUGAAACUGGAAUUGCUUCCUUGUUCGACAACAGGGUGAAAUAUCUCAACAUCCUCACAAAGAAACUUUGCUUGCUAGGCUGCUAACUCGCACACAAGCCAGAAAAAAAGUAUGAUCACCGCCGAAGAUUAGAACACAAGCUGUUAGUCACGUCUCAUCUGUCGAGCUACGUGUUGCUGGUAGUUGUAUUUGACUUGGAAAUGAUUAAUUGUAUGAGUCAAGCCCGACUUUUGUAACGGUUUUGAGUAGUCAUCAUCACCAGAGGAGGAAGAGUUGCAGCUGGUAACUUAGCCAGCCAUUACCAGUGUUUCCACAGAGCGCCCCCACAGCUCUCUCAGGCAGGACAUCCACUGCUAAUUUCCAGUCAGUGAGAAGCUGAGUGCUCCCAGGUUUGUUACGGCAAACAUGUCGGGCCGAAGUGGAGUUGGACAGACCCGGGGAGCUGCUUUGGGUCCACAGCCCCUCAAGGCCACCAUCCCAUAUCAGCUGGCAAGCAAACCUCGAUCAAACCGGAGAGAUGGAAAGUCAGCUGGAAAGACCAAAUCGCAACAGCUGAGCUCUGGCAUGAGGCGGACGAUGUCUCUCGACGCCAUCAUCGGACCGUACCUGCAGGGACACUGGCCGAAAGAACCAGAGGGCCAGAGCAGCCUCUCUCGAAAGGACAAAUCCACUCAGACCCCAGACUCGUGGUCAGAUAACUCCCAGAGCAGGAGAGGAAGCAGCAGUCACAAACGUUCAGCAUCAUGGGGCAGCGCUGAGCAUCUGCGAGAGAUUGCUAAACUAAAACAACAGCUGCAGCAGCGCAACAAACCUGCCGUCUCAGGGGGACACGACAAAGACCGCCAGCGAGGCUAUACUCAGCGGAGCUGUAACCUAGGAACUACACAGACUCAGCCAAUUCCCAUCCCCCUCGCUCCCUUGUCUACACUGGUCCCCCGACUGCGCUGCAGCGUGGAGGGCCUCAACCAGGAGCUGGAAGGCAUGUUCAUCUGCCAGCCCCCGCAUCCUCAGCACAGGCUCCUUGAGGUUCCAGAUGGUCACCGGGCUCCGGUCCCGCCGCAGGGCUGCAGCAGUGGUUCUCAGAGUGACCCCGCCACCACACCCAUGUCAUCAUCCUCUACCUCCCCCUCCCCCUCCCCCUCCCCCAACUACAUCUCCACCUCCUCGCCUAACGCUGAAGACGUUCCUCUGGACCUGCACCAAGGUUUAAUAGACGGUGCAGAGAUGUGCGUCCUGUCACCGUUCUCCUCCCAGAAUGAGGCUGACCUCUCCCUGCCUCUGCUGAUCUCCUCUUCGCCAGGGCCCAACAAAAGUUGCUGCUUCCAGAGAGAACCUCCAGAGGGCUGUGAAAAGGUCAGAGUGUGGGAGGAGACCAGCACUCCACGCCAAUCAAAGCCGGCCCUCAUCUCCUCCUGCCCAGACCCCAACAAGGUAAACUUUACCCCCUAUGGGGGCUCAGCCUUCUGCCCCGUCAGCCUCCUGAAGCCCCUGCUGCCCUCCAUGGAACUGUUGUUCCGCAGCCUUGCCGUCUCCCCAGCAGGCAGCUGCUUGAGCCAGGGAACAGGCUCCUGCCAGGCAACCUCGUCUGGCAACCGGGCGGCGGCGGCUGCUGCUGCUGCUCCAGAGGCUCCUGCCAACAGCACUGCCGCCGCCGCUGCCGUCAUGGGAGAAAACUCUGGGGAGGGCCUCGCUUUCUGAUCUCAGCUGCAGAUCUUUUCUGUGGAAAUGAAUGUGCAUAAUGCAAAUCUUUCAGUGUUCUGGGAUGGAUUUGCUUUGUUGCUUUAUUUUUUAGGAAAGGUUCAUUCCUUUUCUACACAGGUAUAAAAUAACCUUAUUUUAAAAAAAACUAAUAAUAUUGACAGAAAAGAGUUAGUAUCAUACUCACACACGAUCCAAAGGAUUUGCUUUAUACGUUAGUAGUUUUGGGUUUUCAGGCAUUGUGACGUCUCCUAAAUUAAGACCUUUUUGGUUGUUACAUUUAAUUAUCCAAAGAUUUAUUUUUGGCCAAACCCGAGUGUGGGAGACGUGGCAGUCGGAUGACAGGACUGCUCACUUCUUCUACUCUUAUCUUCAUCUGAGAUGUGAUUUGUUGGAUGACUGACCCCAAACUGCUGCACAGAUUAUUCUGUUUCCCCAAAGAAGCCAUGUCACAGACUUUAUUAUUUGAUACUGGUUUUUAAACUCUUGACUGCAGCGUGUCAUCUCUGUCCAAAACGUUAGGAGUCUGGGUUAAGUAAGACAAACCCUUCUUGGAUAAGUUUGGUUGUUUUGUUUUUUUUAAGGAUUCAAAGAUAUUUAUCUGCAGUUCUCAAUUCUUUUUAUCUAACUUGACCCUGCAGCUGUUGCUGGUGUACAAAGCAUGACAAAUCAGUGGGGUACUUUUUUUAUUUACCUGAUUUAAAAAUGAAUAAAUAAAUACAAUGAAAUCACAUUUUGAUUAUUGUAGACUGAAGGGAAUAUUCUAGUCGUUGGACUUGGGUAGCAUCAAUACCUAAAGGCUUCAGCUCAUGCAUUCCUGCUUUAAAAGUUGUACAGAUAUUUUUUGUUGUUGUUGUUGUUGUCUUGUUUACUUGCAAAAAAAAGUAAGUUGUGCACGUGUUAAUGGAUCAAAACCUGUUAUUCCUCGAUAUUCUAAAUGUGUGCUUGAUGGUAUGUUUAUAGUUUUAAGGUUUUGCAGCCUAGUUGACUACCUAACCAGUUUUAGUGGUGUAGAUUUGUCAUCCUAAAUGUUUCUCUGAAGAUGUUCUCUUUCUUCUGCCAAGCUGACAAGUUGAUGUUCAUAUAGUUUUAUUUCUGGUAGACAUGUUUGCACAAAAUGAACUGCUACUAUUGAGUCGCAAUUCUUAUUUUUAUAUUCACUUUUUGUACUUCAUUGUAAAUUUAAGAGUAGUAAUGUGUAUUUUCUACACCUUUUUCAAUUACCUGCAACAUAAGCUAAAAAAAAAAAAGUUACUUUUAGUUUUGUUUCUUCUGUCGGUAUAAUUGAGGCAGGUGUUACAUGAGAUAUUGUAUCAGGUGGAUUUUUUUAUGCACUUCCAAGAGAGGAUGUUAUGAGGAGGAACGUAUGUAAAUCCUUGGUUUAUUGUUUCUGACAGGAGUUUUGUUUGUGUGUGCACGUGGAUGGAAAGUUAACUAGUCUGGGUGUUUGACUAACUUCUACUAGUUUUAGUAUCCUGGUGAAAUGCUGAUGCAUUUAAACAUCGUCUGUUUCCAAAUAAGCCUCAAUGUCAAUGUUUAAUGAGUCGGUGUGGAUGCUGGGGAUGUGCUGUUAUCUCAGGUUCUGUGUUCUGUCCACAUAAAUAUAUGAAUGAUAA